AUGUCACCCGAAACCUUGAUGGAUGAGAUGCUGUCAUCGCAAGCAGCAUGGAACGCAACGAGCGACUUCGCGGCAGCAGUCAUGAAGGAGCUCAGGAGAGAGGAACGCGAACGUGGUGGAUGGGAGAAGACACAGAAGACAAAACCUCAUGAGCCAACAUCGAAGGAUGUUGGAUCACGAAGUGGGGUGCCGAAUGAGCACCAGACCAAGAAGAAGAGAAAUCGCGAGUCCCCGGGAACGGAUCCUGAUGCUCUGAAGAGGUCUCGACAGGAGACCACACCAAUCCAACCGAAGCGGGCGUCGGAACCGCAGAGGGAUGCAGGCGAACACCAGCAAAUCGGGCCAGGAAAAAAUGAGGUUCACGACAGUGAGGGCUGGCAGAAGUGGAAGCGGCGAAGGAAGAAAUCUGAGCAAGCUCCUGAGUCGCUUAGGCAAAACCCAAGCCGAAAGCGAACCCAGAGGAAAUCAGCGGUCAGGUCGAAAGCACUGAUCAUUCGCCCUAAGGAGAAGGAGAUGUACUCCGAAAUCCUACGGCGAGUGAAGAAGGAUAGCGCUUGUGGUGAGGCUAGUGAUUGCGUCGAGAAGAUCAGACGCACGGCCGCAGGGGACAUGCUAAUUAUCCUCAACAAGAAGGAGACCGAUGGAGCUUCCCAGCUACGAUCAGCCAUUGCUGACCUGCUCGGCCAAGAGGCCGACGUGCUAAGCAAAGAGCCCCGGGAAGAUAUCGAAAUCAAGGACAUUGACGAGGAUACAUCCAAAGAGGAAGUCCUUGAGGCCCUACAGAGAGCUGUAGGUGAGGAACACCAAAUGGGUUCCGAGACCAUCCAGUCUAUGCGCAAAGCAUACGGUGGAACUCAAACUGCCUGUUUGACCCUCACGUCAGCUGCGGUGAAAAAGAUCCUGGGAGAGGGCGACCACGGGAAGAUUAAGAUCGGCUGGGUAAACUGCUGCAUACGUAGAGUACAGAGGCCGGUCAAGUGUUUCAAGUGCUGGCACUGCGGACAUCUCGCCAGCAAGUGUAGGAGCGCAGUGGAUCGGUCGAAGCUCUGCGCAAGAUGUGCAGGAGAUGGCCACAAGGCCAAGGAGUGUCAGAAGGAUCCCCGGUGCGCCCUAUGCGCUGAAGAUGGGAAAACGGAGAAUUGUGCCCAUAUCGCUGGCAGCAGCAGAUGCCCAGCUUACACAGUGGCACUCCAGAAGCUCACCAGAAAAAGGCGCUAG